CUGUAUUUGGCCCAGGAAUGACAGUUUCAACUCCCGAGUUUGAGAGUUGAGACUCUUCUUCGCGUCUGUGAUUCUGCCACAUCUCUCUCUGCAAUUUCUCGAAACGACAAUGGGGGAGGUGUUAUUCGAGCUGGACCAAGUUCUGAGGGCCAAGAAGUAUAAUAUGACGGUGCAAGAAAGGAAUACAUUGCUUAAUUGUAAGUCUAAGGCUAUUAAGGAUUACACUGUGGGAGCUCUUUUUGGGGCUGGUGUUGCUUGGAUAGGAACAUCAAAGCUGAGUAUGUUUGGUCGAAUAGGUAUUGCAGCAGGUGCUUCUGCUGCUGUUGGAUUGUGGAGACUUGGUACAUCUUUAGAUUCGUCCAUUGAUCAGAUUCUUACUUUGCAAGAAAGUUCUAUGCAGAGAGAGUUAGCAUCUAUAGUGGUAAAAAAGUAUUGGAAUGAUCCUUGGAGAAUGCAGCUCAUCAGUAAGCACUUUUACUCAGAGAGAGUUUUUGAUGACUCAAAUGUGGAUCUUCCAAAAGUAAGGUGGCGGUUCCGUAAUUUCUUUAGCGAUGAUGGUAGUCUUAGCCAAACUACACAUGGUAGUGACUCUCAUGGUGAAUCCCAGAGUGCUUCUCGUGGUGAUUAUAAUAGCAAUACUCAGAGAGAUCCCAGUGGCAUUCGAACUGACUCUCGCAGGGACUUUGAAGGAAAAUUUAAGUACGAGUCCAAGCAAGCUCCUAUGAACACAGCUCUUGAUUCAAUGGAUCCCUUUGAUUGCUUUUUUGGUUAUCCAUCAAUGGAGGAGAUUCCUCACCCUAGUAACCCCUCAACCACAUCCCCUAGAACGCACACUCGUAACCAUAGAAGAGCUCAACGUAGGCGUCGAAUGCGUCACCAGGAUGCCUUAUUGAACUCCCAGCAUGCAUAAUUGUGAUUUGUAUCUAAAUAAAACAUUUUGGAGAAGAACAAGGAAGGUACAGAGUGGAAAUGUUGAUAUGAUUUCAGGUACAUCUGUUAUCUUACACUUUGCAAUGGUUAAUACCGUAGUGUCAAUAUGGACUCUUCGAAUGCUUUCUACUAGGCUCUUCUAAAUGCUGGGAAAUAAUGUUCAGUUUGUUAUAGUGAUGCUAAGAUGUUGGAAAUUCAGUACAUUGGCUUUAUUAGCAACAUAAUAUUAAUCACAAUUAUUAUGUUGUUAAAAGUCUUGACGCCAGGAUGAGGCAGCUGAUGAUGAUAAGAGGAAGGCAUUUACGUGGGAGAACUCAUAAUGAGAGUGGUAUUUUAUUCAUAGAAGCUAUUAUUGCGUGGAAUUAAUAGCAGAAUUUCACCUUAAUUGUUUAUGUAUUGCUUCUUAAAACAAUUUUACCUCAUUGAGGUCUUUCCCCUGGAACAAAAAUAUUUUAUAUGAUGUGAAAUAAAUAAGAAACAAGGACUUGAAUGUUCCUUCCAAUUUCCUCA